GCCUCACCCCCAGCUUGGGGGUACCUUGAACAUAACAGGAAAUUUGAAACAACAGGAAACCAAGGCUGGGCAGGCGGCAGCCCCACCCUGCCCAGGGCAAGCCACCCCGGGCCUCAGUCUGCCCCAGGGGACCGCCAUGAACACCACGGGGCCCCCGGCAGAGGCCCCCGAGUCCUGCCAGCAGCUGGUGGCCAGUGGGCACAGCCGGCUCAUCGUCCUGCACUACAACCACUCGGGCAGGCUGGCCGGGCGGGGCGGGCCCGAGGAGGGGAGCCUGGGGGUCCUGCGGGGCAUCUUCGUGGCCGUGAGCUGCCUGGUGGUGCUGGAGAACCUUCUGGUGCUGGUGGCCAUCGUGACCCACAUGCGGUCCCGGCGCUGGGUCUACUACUGCCUGGUCAACAUCACGCUCAGUGACCUGCUCACCGGCGUGGCCUACCUGGCCAACGUCCUGCUGUCGGGCGCCCGCACCUUCCACCUGGCGCCCGCCCACUGGUUCCUGCGCGAGGGUCUGCUCUUCAUGGCGCUGGCCGCCUCCACCUUCAGCCUGCUCUUCACCGCCGGCGAGCGCUUCGCCACCAUGGUGCGGCCGGUGGCCGAGAGCGGGGCCAGCAAGCGGGGCCGGGUGUACGGCUUCAUCGGGCUGUGCUGGCUGCUAGCCGCCCUGCUGGGCCUGCUGCCCCUGCUCGGCUGGAACUGCGUGUGUGCCUUCCAGCGCUGCUCCAGCCUGCUCCCGCUCUACUCCAAGGCCUACAUCCUCUUCUGUGUGGGGGUCUUCGCCUGCAUCCUGGCGGCCAUCAUGGCGCUCUACGGGGCCAUCUUCCGGGUGGUGCGGGCCAACGGGCAGAAGGCCCCCCGGCCCCCCUCCCGCCGCAAGGCCCGCCGGCUGCUCAAGACGGUGCUCAUGAUUCUGGUGGCCUUCGUGGUGUGCUGGGGCCCGCUCUUCGGCCUGCUGCUGGCCGAUGUCUUCAGCUCCACGGACUGGGCGCAGGAGUACCUGCGGGGCAUGGACUGGAUCCUGGCGCUGGCCGUGCUCAACUCUGCCGUGAACCCCCUCAUCUACUCCUUCCGCAGCCGGGAGGUGUGCCAGGCCGUACUGGCCUUCCUCUGCUGCGGGUGUCUCAGGCUGGGCCUGCAGGGGCCCAGGGACUGCCUGGCCCAGGUCAGUGAGGCCCACUCUGGAGCCUCCACCACGGACAGCUCGCUGAGGCCCAGGGACAGCUUUCGGGGCUCCCGGUCACUCAGCUUUCGGAUGCGAGAGCCCCUGACCAGCAUCUCCAGCGUGCGGAGCGUCUGAGCCACAGCAGGGACCCGUGUUCCGGGGGGCCGGGAGCACACCGGGAGUGUGGGGGCUCUGAUGGAGAGGCAGGAACAGGGCAGCCGGCUGGGCAUGUGUCCCGAGGCCCCACGGUUCCCCUCACAGCGCCUGGGCCCACUGACGCCAAGCGGGUGUCCCAUGGUCUCCCUGGAGGAGGCGGCUGCUCACCGGAACAGGGAGGGUCCUGGAGUGGGGGUGAGUGGGUUUACUAUGUACGUCCCCAGCUCCUGUGUGAUUCUGGGGAGUCCCAGCCCCUCCCCAGCCUCCGGGGGGCUCCCAGGCUAUGAGGGGCGGGCAGCAGUAGGGACUGAUGGCCUGGCAACACGGAAGUUCAAUGAUGGUUUGUCCCAGCCUCCCUCUUAUUCACCUGUGGGCACCGGGGCGAUGGCGCGGGGCAGUGGCUCAGCCGGCGGCGUGCGAGCAAGGAGGGCUGUGGGUCUGUGCGGAUUGGGGAUAUGGCUGUGACGGGGAGCAGCAGAGUGUGCGUGAGUGUGUGUGCAAGAGAGACAGAGCGAGAGCGAGCGAGCGAGAGAGAGAGAGAGAGAGAGGGAGGUGGGCACACAACAGGGUGUGCUGAGAGUGCUGGUGGGUCUGUGUGCACAGACACCUCGUGUGUGUGUGUGUGUGUGCAUGUGUGUGUGCAUGCACAUGUGUGAGA